AUGGAGCUGAAUGGUAUUCCUAAUGAUGUUGUUCACAACUUGAACCCCUUCACGCUCAUCAUUUUCAUUCCUAUAUUUGACAAGUUUCUAUACCCGCAGCUUGCACGCUCAGGUUUCAACUUCACUCCUCUCAAGAAGAUACAGGCUGGUUUCGUAUGUGCGAUGCUCAGCAUGAUAGUCGCGGCGCUCAUCCAGCACUUUAUCUACCAAGAGUCGCCAUGUGGUAAGUAUGCAAGCGAUUGUGAGGAUCCGCCGAACCUCACUGUAUGGGCGCAGACGCCCGCAUACUUGCUCAUUGCCUUUUCCGAGAUCUUUGCAUCGAUAACAGGUCUGGAGUACGCUUAUACGAAAGCGCCAAAGAACAUGCGAUCGUUGGUUACUGGUGUAUUUUGGUUCACGCAUGCGUUUUCGUCUGCAAUUGCCCAGGCCUUUGUUCCUUUGGCGACGGACCCAUUAUUGGUAUGGCUGUACGUCACUAUCGCUAUUCUGACUCUCUUUGGGUGGCUUGCGUUCUGGUGGACCUUUAGGGCUCUUGAUAAAGAGAAUGACACUCUUGAUAAGCUUCCAGAGGGGGGCUUCCUUUCCAACUCGGAGGCGUUGGCAGCGAAGACUGCUUCUGCAGAGAGGGCUUAG